GGGCGGUGCACAGCACAGCGCGGAGAGAUACGAAAGCAAAUAGUGAGAACGAGGUAGAGACAGAGGGAAGAGGGUUAGUGAUGACCAUGCUGGAUUUGGGACAUUGCAAACUAGCCAAUACACCUCCAAGUCGAAGAAAUUAAUGCUGGGAAAGGAGGUUUGGUGAAAAUUUCAUCGUGCCGCUAUGGGGAAACACGCAGCUUUGCUGCUUUCAGUACUGUUGCAGCUUCUUAGCAGCUGUACAGGAAACCAAAGGAUGGAGCAACCAAGGCCCAUGCAGUUUUCCCACUUACUUUAUAAUGCCACUAUAUAUGAGAACUCUGCAGCCAAAACCUACUUGCAAAGCCCAGUGAAAAUGGGUGUUUACGUUACACACCCAUCUUGGGAAAUACGGUACAAAAUAGUUUCUGGAGAUAAUGAAAACUUGUUUAAGGCUGAAGAUUACACCUUGGGCGAUUUCUGUUUCUUGCGUAUAAGGACCAAAGGAGGGAGUACUGCAAUCCUUAAUAGGGAAGUAAAAGACCACUACAUGCUGACCAUCAAAGCAGUUGAAAAAAGCACCAACGCUGAAUCACGCACAAAAGUUAAAGUACAGGUUCUUGAUACAAAUGACCUGAGACCUCUAUUUUCACCAACCUCCUAUAGUGUUUCCCUGCCUGAAAACACAGCAUUAAGAACCAGUAUUACCAGAGUCACUGCUACUGAUGCUGAUAUUGGAACCAAUGGAGAAUUUUACUACAGUUUUAGAGAUCGGACAGACUUGUUUGCCAUUCACCCAACCAGUGGUGUUGUAACAUUGACGGGUAAACUGGAUUACGCCGAGAAUAAGCAGUAUGAGAUGGAAAUCUUUGCAGUGGACCGUGGAAUGAAACUGUACGGUAGUAGUGGUAUUAGUAGCAUGGCUAAGCUGACUGUUCGUGUAGAACAGGCAAACGAGUAUGCACCUGUCAUCACAGCUGUCACACUGGUUCCUUCAGACACUGAUAAGGAUCCUACAUAUGCAAUUGUAACGGUGGAAGACAAUGAUCAUGGACCAAAUGGGGAAAUAGCUUCAUUAAGCAUUGUAGCAGGGGAUUCUCUUCAGCAGUUUAAAGCAGUGAGAUCCAGCCCUGGCAGUAAAGAAUACAGAAUAAAAGGAAUUGGAGAAGUUGACUGGGACAGUCAACCAUUUGGAUGUAAUCUUACUUUACAGGCCAAGGAUAAAGGAAGUCCACCCCAGUUUUCCUCAGCAAAGGUAGUUCAUGUGACAUCGCCACAGUUUAGAUCAGGACCUCCUGCAUUUGAAAGAAAUAUGUACAGAGUCAAUCUUAGUGAAUUUGCACCUCUACAUACCCCUGUUGUUAUGGUAAAAGCAGUGCCAAAUUACCCUCAGUUAAAGUAUGUUUUCAGACACAACCCAGACCAGAAAAGAUUUGCUUUAAAUCCUAUCACUGGCCUAAUUACAACUGCUGGACCAAUACAAGCAGAAUAUGCACCACGAUUUGAGUUGGAAGUCAUGACCAGUGAUAGAAAGGCAACAACAAAAGUUGUAGUUGAUGUUUUAGACAUGAAUAAUAAUGCACCCGAGUUUCACAAGACAUCUUAUCAGGCCACUGUCGAUGAACAUGUGCCAGUGGGUACCCGUGUGUUAACUGUAAGUGCCAGUGAUCUAGAUGAUGGAGAAAAUGGUUAUGUGACUUACAGCAUUGCCAAUCUUAACCCGCAGCCUUUUGUUAUUGAUUAUUUUACUGGGGUUAUCAGUACCUCAGAGGAUUUGGAUUACGAGUUGAUGCCAAGGAUUUAUAGUUUAAGAAUUCGAGCCUCUGACUGGGGUUCACCAUAUCGCCGUGAAGCUGAGGUUUCAGUAAUUAUUUCUCUGAACAACUUGAAUGACAACAAACCACUGUUUGAGAAGAUUGACUGUGAAGUGACCAUCCCUCGGGAUCUUGGAGUCGGUGAGCAGAUUACUGCUGUGUCUGCUAUUGAUGCUGAUGAGUUACAACUGGUACGAUACGAAAUACAGGCUGGAAAUGACCUAGACCUCUUUGAGCUAAACCCAAACUCUGGUGUGCUUUCUCUGAAGCAGCCUCUAACUGAUGGUGAUGGUGCAAAGGUCUCAUUCCGCAGUCUACAAAUUACAGCUAACGAUGGAGAAAAUGUUGCAAUACCAAUGGUAAUUAACAUCACUGUGAUAACUAGUCGGAAACCUGUUCAGUUACAGUGUGUUGACACCGGAGUUGCCAAAAUGCUGGCUGAGAAGCUUCUCCAGACAACUAGGCUCCACAGCCAUGUUGAACCUGAAGAUCAUUUCUUAGAUGUACAUUCAGAUAACCGUUAUGCCCCACAAUUUUCUGACUCCUUCCCCAGUGUAAUUGAAGUAAAGGAAGAUCUUCCAGUAGGUGCCAGGAUUAUUCUUAUUAGUGCCACAGAUUCUGAUGGUGGUUUCAAUGGAAAAUUGAAUUAUGUAAUUUCAGGAGGAGAUACUGACAGUCGUUUUGUUGUGGAGAUGGAAACUGGAUGGCUAAUGGUAUAUUCUCCACUUGACAGAGAAACAACUAAUCACUACACUCUAAAUAUCACAGUUUAUGACCUGGGAAUACCUCAGAAAUCUGCUUUCCGUCUUUUGGAUGUAAAUAUUUUGGAUACAAAUGAUAACAUGCCCAAGUUUCUUCAGGAUAGUUAUUCAGUUGAAAUAAGUGAAAAUAAAGAAGUGGGUAGUGAUGUUAUUCACAUUGAAGCAACAGAUUUAGAUCUAGGUCUAAAUGGAGAGGUCAGGUACUUGUUACUUGCAGAUACAGAUACAUUUGCUAUUAAUAAUGAGACGGGUGUUGUGAAAGUUAUACGCCCAUUGGAUCGAGAAGUGCAUCCUUCGUAUCUUUUGAAGAUUGUGGCUAGAGAUCAAGCUGUGGAGGAGCCACAGCUACUUUCAACCGUAUUACUGAAAGUGACUUUGGAAGAUGUCAAUGACAAUCCACCCAGAUUUAUUCCUUCAAAUUAUCAUGUGAAAGUGCGAGAAGACCUGCCUAUUGGCACUGUAAUCAUGUGGUUGGAGGCACAUGAUUCUGAUUUAGGACAGUCGAGUCAGGUGCGAUAUAGCCUGAUCGACAAUGGAGAUGGAAGCUUUGAUGUAGAUAAACUGAGUGGAGCUGUACGUAUUGUGCAGAAUCUGGAUUUUGAGAAGAAGCAGAUUUACAACCUAACAGCAAGGGCCAAGGACAAAGGCAAACCUAUAUCAUUGUCCUCCACCUGUUACAUUGAGGUGGAGAUAGUGGACAUAAAUGAGAAUUUAUUUGCCCCAUGGUUCUCUUCCUUUGUCGAUAAGGGUUCUGUAAAAGAAGAUGCACCAAUUGGUACAUCUGUAAUGAGAGUAACUGCUCAGGAUGAAGACAAAGGUAGAGAUGGGGAAAUCCGCUACUCCAUAAGAGAUGGGUCUGGCUUGGGUGUCUUCAAGAUUGAUGAAGAAAGUGGUAUCAUAAGAACAGAAGAGCUUUUGGAUCAUGAGACUACUUCCCACUAUUGGCUGACAGUUUAUGCCUCAGAUCAAGGGGUUGUUCCUCUCUUUUCUUUCAUUGAGGUUUACAUAGAGGUUCAGGAUGUUAAUGAUAAUGCCCCACAGACAUCAGAGCCUGUCUAUUACCCAGAAGUUAUGGAGAACUCCCCUAAGGAUACGCCUGUCAUCCAGAUUGAAGCUUAUGACCCAGACUCAAGAUCCAGUGACAAACUAACCUAUAAGAUUACAAGUGGAAACCCGCAGGGAUUUUUUAAUGUAAAUCCCAAAACUGGUCUGGUUACAACUACUUCAAGAAAGCUAGAUCGAGAACAACAAACUGAACACAUUCUUGAAAUAACUGUCAUUGAUCAUGGUGUUCCUCCAAAGUUAACUGUUGUUAGAGUGAUAGUGAAAGUUUUGGAUGAAAAUGACAACAAACCACAAUUCUUGGAGAAGACCUAUAAAAUUAAGCUUCCUGAGCGUGAGAAACCUGACCGAGAGAGAUCUGCCAAGCGGGAACCCAUUUAUCGUGUUAUUGCUUCAGAUAAGGAUGAAGGCCCUAAUGCUGAAAUCUCUUACAGCAUUGAGGAGGGUGAUGAACAUGGAAAAUUCUUUAUUGAGCCUAAAACAGGAGUAGUUUUGUCCAAGAAGUUUUCUGCAGCUGGAGAGUAUGAUAUUCUUACAAUUAAAGCUGUGGACAAUGGUCGACCUCAAAAGUCUUCCACUACCCGGCUGCAUAUUGAAUGGAUCCCAAAACCUAAGCCAUCCACAAAGAUGCUUUCUUUUGAUGAACCAUUCUUCUCAUUCUCAGUAAUGGAGAGUGAUCCAGUUGCUCAUAUGGUUGGUGUAAUAACAUGUGAGCCCAUUGACAACCCACUCUGGUUUGACAUCACUGGAGGCAAUCAAGCUAAAGAAGUGUUUUACAUCGUUCAGAUGGCUUGUGACCUGAACUGUACAGCAGAAGGUGGUAACUAUGACAGCCGGUUUGAUGUGGGCAAGGGCAGCGGAACCAUCAUUGUCGCCAGACCUCUCGAUGCAGAACAGAAAUCAAAUUACAACCUGACAGUGGAGGCAACAGAUGGAUUGAGAUCUAUCAGCACCCAGGUUUUCAUCCGAGUAAUUGACACCAAUAACCAUCGACCUCAAUUCUCACGACCAAAGUAUGAGAUUAAUAUCCCAGAGAACAUUGCACCAGAGACAGAGAUCCUACAGAUCAGAGCAACUGACAAGGAUGAGAAAAACAAGUUAAUCUACUCUCUCCAGAGCAGCACCGAUCCCAUCAGUUUAAAGAAAUUUCACCUUGAUCCUGGAACUGGCUCACUGUAUACAGCUGAGAAGCUGGACCACGAAACCAUGCACAAACAUAUCCUGACAGUGAUGGUUCGUGAUCAAGAUGUGCCUGUGAAACGGAACCUUGUAAGAGUUACUGUCAAUGUUGAAGAUACCAAUGACCAUGCCCCAUGGUUCACUAGUUCCUCAUAUAAAGGGAGUGUGUAUGAAUCUGCUGCUCUUGGGUCAGCAGUGCUGCAGGUUACAGCCAUGGACAAGGAUAAAGGACAGAAUUCAGAAAUUGUUUAUUUUAUUGAAUCAGGAAAUGUUGCAAAUUCAUUUGCUGUUGAUCCAGUCCUUGGCACUAUAAUUGUUGCAAAAGAACUUGACCGUGGCAGUAAAAGCCAGUAUGAGCUCACAGUGAAAGCAUCAGAUAAAGGAAAUCCUCCAAUGAGUGUGAUGACGACCGUCCACAUUUCUGUUACCAUAUCAGAUAAUGCAAAGCCAAAGUUUACUAUGAAGGAGUACUUGGCAGAAGUCAGAGAGACUGUGAUCAUUGGGAGUUUUGUUGCCUUGGUUACAGCAUCCAGUCAGUCAUCGGUGGUGUAUGAAAUAAAAGAUGGAAAUAUCGGCAGCACCUUUGACAUCAAUCCAAACUCAGGUGUUGUCACCACUCAAAACUUCCUAGAUUACGAAACAAUUUCUUCAUACAAGCUAACCGUGCAAGGCACAAACAUGGCAGGCUUAUCGUCCAACACAACUCUUCUAAUUCAUCUUCUUGAUGAGAAUGAUAAUGCUCCUGUCUUUAUGCAAGAAAAAUACACAGGGAUUAUCAUCGAAUCUGCUUCAGUGAACAGUGUAGUUUUAACUGAUGUGAAUGCUCCAUUGGUAAUUCGAGCCACAGAUGCUGACAGGGAAUCGAAUGCCAUGCUGAUUUAUCAAAUUGUUGAGCCAUCUGCCCACAAAUAUUUUGCUAUUGAUUCAAGCACAGGUGCCAUUCGCACAGUAAUGAGUCUGGAUUAUGAAGAGAAAAGGAUUUUCCAUUUCACAGUACAAGUCCAUGACAUGGGAAACCUACAGUUAUUUGCAGAGAAUGCAGCCAAUGUUACAAUCCAAGUGGUAGAUGUCAAUGACUGCCCUCCAGUCUUUAGCAGGGAGGUUUAUGAGGCAUCUAUUUUAGUGCCAACAUAUAAAGGAGUGAAAAUCAUCACAUUAAAUGCUACAGAUGCAGACUCUGGACCAAAUUCAAAAAUAAUUUACUCAAUUACUGAUGGCAACAUAGGAGAAAGAUUUACUAUUGAUCCCAUCAUGGGUGUUUUAUCAGUUCAAAAUACAACCCAGUUAAGGAGCAGGUAUGAGUUGACAGUGAGAGCUUCUGACGGAAGAUUUGCAGAUACAGCAUCAGUCAAAAUAAAUGUUAAAGAAAAUAAGGAAAGCAACCUAAAGUUUACUCAUAGUUCAUACACUGCUUUAGUCUUGGAAAACUUGUCCGAGCCUAAAAUGCUUGCAAUUAUUACAGCAAUAGGCAACCGGAUAAAUGAACCGUUGUUUUAUCACAUUCUAAAUCCAGACCGAAGGUUUAAGAUUAGUCAUACUUCUGGAGUCCUCUCAACCACAGGCAUACCCUUUGAUCGUGAAGAACAGGAUGUCUAUGAUAUAGUUGUGGAAGUGACAGGGGAGGAAAUGUUAAGAGUUGCUCAUGUUGUAGUGAAGGUCACUGUAGAGGAUGUAAAUGACAACGCACCAAUGUUUGUUAAUUUGCCAUAUUAUGCACUAGUGCAGGCUGAUGCUGAUAUUGGCCAUGCAAUUCGACAAGUCACUGCUGUAGACUUGGAUAUUGGAAACAACGGUCAGAUUCACUACUACUUAAAGGAACUUCAUGAGUAUUUCCAGAUUAGUCCUUCAGGUGACAUCAGAUUGAAAAAUUAUUUUGAAACGGAUACUUUCAAUGCUGAAUAUAUCAUUACUGUGGUAGCCAAAGAUGGAGGGGAGCCAGCUCUUUCUGCAGAGGUUGAAGUACCAAUUACUGUCAUGAACAAAGCAAUGCCAGUGUUUGAAAAGCCUUUCUAUAGUAUAGAGAUUCCAGAAAAUAUCCAACUGCAUACUCCUGUGGUACAUGUUCAAGCCAACAGCUCAGAAGGACUUCGGAUCAUGUACAGUAUCACAGAAGGAGAUCCUUUCAGUCAGUUUUCCAUACAUUUUAACACUGGUGUCAUACAUGUAACAAGCCCGCUAGAUUUUGAAUCCCAUCCAGCCUAUAAGUUAAGUGUAAGAGCAACAGAUUCUCUAACUGGAGCUCACUCAGAAGUGUUUGUUGAUAUAAUUUUGGUUGAUGUCAAUGACAAUGCUCCAUUGUUUAAAGAGAAGUCUUACACUGCCACACUUAACGAAGCUUCAAUGAUCGGCACAUCAGUGGUUCAGGUCAUUGCUACAGACUCUGAUUCUGGUGUAAACAAAAUUAUUUCUUACCAGUUGGUAGAAGAUAACAGUAAGAGUUUUGAGAACUUCCACAUAGACAGAGACAGUGGGGCUAUUUUAACAGCAAGAACCCUUGAUUACGAGGAAAGGCAGCAGCAUAAUUUACUUGUAAGAGCCAUGGAUGGAGGUGUGCCCGCUCUAAGCAGUGAUAUAAGUAUUACAGUGUAUGUAACAGAUCUGAAUGACAACCCACCCGUUUUUAUACAGCAGCUGUAUGAGGCCACAAUCAGUGAGCUUGCGCCACGUGGACAUUUUGUAAUGCACGUACAGGCAUUUGAUGCAGACAGCUCAGACAAUGGCAAGCUGGAGUAUUCCAUCUUAAACGGAAAUGUAAAUAUGAAUUUUGAGAUUAGUAAGAAAACUGGGGUUAUAACAAUCUCAAACCACCGCAAACCGAAAAUGGAGCCAUUUUACAAUCUAAAUAUCUCUGUGUCGGACGGCGUCUUUAGAAGUUUAACUCAAGUGAAGGUAACAGUAAUUGGAGCAAACUUCCACAGUCCAUCUUUCAUUCAGAAUGAGUAUGAGGUGGAAUUGGCUGAAAAUUCCCCUAUGGGAACCCUGGUAAUUAAAGCUAAAGCUAACGAUGAAGAUUCAGGAACUUACGGCCAUAUAACAUACUACAUUAUAAAUGACUUUGCAAGAGACAAAUUUUCUGUUAAUGAAGACGGACAGAUAUUCACUCUGGAGAAACUUGACCGUGAGAACUCGGUGGAAAAAGUAAUUGCAAUUGGCCUAAUGGCAAAAGAUGGAGGUGGCAAGGUUGGCUUUUGCAGCAUAAAUGUCAUACUUACAGAUGAUAAUGACAAUGCCCCACAGUUCAGAGCUGCAGAGUAUAAAGUAAAUGUUGCAUCUGAUGCUCCAAGGGGAACUUCAGUCAUUAAAAUUGUAGCAUCGGAUGCUGAUGAAGGCAGCAAUGCAGAUAUAGCUUACGUUAUUGAAGCAGAUUCAGAAAAUGUUGAAGAAAACUUUGAAAUUGAUCCUUUCACUGGUGUCAUUGUUACUAAAGAAAGCUUAAUCGGGCUGGAAAAUGAACUGUAUGCUUUCUACGUAAGGGCAAAGGAUGCUGGAACUCCUUCAAAGGAGUCUGUAGUCCCAGUGUACAUCAGAAUACUAACCCCUGAAGUGCCACUUCCAAAGUUUGUUGAGCCGCACUAUGCCUUUGCAAUACCUGAGGACCUUGCAAUUGGAUCAGAAAUAGAUGUCAUCCAGGCAGAGAGUGAGCAGACAGUGGUUUACACCCUAGUGAAAGGAAAUACCCCUGAGAGUAACAGAGAUGAAGUUUUUGUUAUUGACAAAGAUACUGGAAAGCUAAAACUUGAAAAGAACCUUGAUCAUGAAACCGCUAAAUGGUACCAGCUCACACUACUAGCGCAGUAUGCCCAUGAAGAAUACGAAGUUGUCUCUUCUGUAGAUAUCGGUAUUCAGGUAAAGGAUGCCAAUGACAACAGCCCUGUGUUUGAAUCCAAUCCAUAUAGAGCAUUCAUUGCUGAGAACCUUCCAGUCGGAACCAGAGUAAUCCAAGUAAAAGCAACCGAUUUAGAUUCAAGUACCAAUGGGCAAGUAAUGUACAGCGUGGCUCAGAAUCAAGAAACAGAUGACAUCAUUGAGCUGUUUGCAGUUAACAGUGAGACUGGAUGGAUUACAACGCUUAAAGAGCUGGAUCAUGAGAAACAAGGGAAGCACGUGGUUACAGUGGUUGCUUCUGACCGUGGAGAGAAGGUGCAGCUGAUUGCCACUGCUUUGGUGGAAGUUACUGUUGCUGAUGUGAAUGACAACCCCCCACGCUUCACUGCUGAGAUCUACAAGGGGACAGUGAGUGAGGAUGAUCCACCUGGUGGAGUUAUUGCAAUCUUGAGCACCACUGAUGCUGACACAGAACAAAUCAACAAACAAGUUAACUACUACGUUACAGGAGGAGACCCUCUGGGACAGUUUGCUAUUGAACACAUUCAGAAUGAAUGGAAGGUCUAUGUCAGAAAGCCCCUGGAUAGAGAAGAGAAAGACAAUUACCUCUUAAAUAUCACAGCCACUGAUGGAACAUUCGUGGCAAAGGCUGUAGUAGAGGUUAAGGUCCUUGAUGCCAAUGACAACAGCCCUGUUUGUGAAAAGGCGCUGUAUGCUGAAACUAUUCCAGAAGAUGCUCCUUCAGGAAAAUUGAUUUUACAGGUUUCUGCCACUGAUGCCGACAUCCGUUCAAAUGCUGAAAUCUCUUACAGGCUUUUUGGAACAGAGGCAGAUAAAUUCAAUCUAGACCCAGAUACUGGAGAGCUCAAGACCCUGGUUCCCCUUGAUCGCGAGCGUGAGGCAGUGUAUAACCUUAUGGUUAAAGCAAUAGAUGGAGGUGGUCGCUUUUGUCAGGCUGACGUUGUUUUAACUGUGGAGGACGUGAAUGACAAUGCACCAGAGUUUUCUUCUGAUCCCUACACCAUAACUGUGUUUGAGAACACUGAACUUAAAACCCUUGUAACACGAAUACAUGCAACAGAUCCUGAUACAGGCUUCAACAGCAAGGUCCUCUAUUCUUUUGUGGAUUCUGCAGAUGGCCACUUCUCCAUUAAUGAAUUGUCUGGUAUCAUUAGUCUGGAAAAACCUCUAGACAGAGAAGUGCAAGCAAUGUAUUCCCUGACUGUAAGGGCAACCGACCAGGGCUCACCUCGAAAGCUCUCCACUGUCUGCUCUGUUGUAGUGUCUAUUCUGGAUAUUAAUGACAACCCACCAGUAUUUGAGCACAGGGAAUACGCUGCCACUGUUUCAGAGGACAUAACUGUGGGAACACAGAUUCUUCGUGUUUUUGCAGCAAGCAGGGACAUUGAAGCAAAUGCAGAGAUCUCAUACUCUAUUGCCAGUGGAAACGAACAUGGAAAGUUUAGUGUUGAUUCCAGCACAGGUGACAUUUUUGUGAUUGAAAGCUUGGAUUAUGAAACCUCCCAUGAGUAUUUUUUAACUGUAGAGGCCACGGAUGGAGGCACACCAUCUCUUAGUGAUGUGACGACUGUGAACAUAAAUCUGACAGAUAUCAAUGACAACACGCCAAAGUUCAGCCGGAAUAUCUACGCUGCAGUUAUAAGUGAAGAUGCUGUACUGGGACAAUCAGUUAUAACUGUCAUAGCAGAAGAUGCCGAUGGGCCCUCCAACAACCACAUCCACUACUCUAUUGUUAAUGGAAACCAGGGAAGCCCAUUCACCAUCGAUUCUGUCAGCGGAGAAGUGAAAGUAGCGAGGUGGUUAGAUAGAGAGAAGAUAUCUGGAUACACACUUACUGUACAAGCUACAGACAAUGGUAGUCCCCCAAAGUCCAACACAACUACAAUCAAUAUCGACGUGUCUGAUGUUAAUGAUAACCCUCCUGCCUUCUCACAGGCCAACCACAGCAUCAUCAUUCAGGAAAACAGACCUGUUGGUGCCAGUGUGCUACAGUUAUUAGUAACGGAUAAAGACGCGUCUCACAAUGGCCCUCCAUUCUCCUAUACAAUUAUAAGUGGAAAUGAAGAAAACUCAUUUGAGAUAAACCAGCAGGGGGUAUUGAUAGCCUCAGCGCCACUGAAUCGUGAAAUAAAAGACCACCAUUUACUGCAUGUUCAGGUGGCCGAUAGUGGGAAACCUCAAUUGCAUUCAUCAACAUUCAUCAACAUCAGAGUUAUUGAAGAAAGCAUUCAUGCUCCGGCUAUUCUUCCUCUAGAAAUGUUCAUAACAACUCACGGAGAUGAAUACUCUGGGGGUGUCAUUGGAAAGAUCCAUGCAACCGACCAGGAUAUUUAUGACACCCUCACCUACAGCUUGGCAUCUAAAUCGGGUAAUCUGUUCUCUCUCUCUAGCACUGAUGGAAAACUGAUUGCCCGUAAAGGGCUAGACGUGGGGCACUAUCUGCUCAAUGUCACGGUUACAGAUGGAAGGUUUACAGUGGCUGCAGACAUCAAUGUGCAUGUUAGACAGUUCACUCAAGAGGUGCUCAACCAUUCCAUUGCUAUAAGAUUUGCAAAUAUUGCACCAGAAGAAUUUAUAGGUGACUAUUGGCGGAACUUCCAGAGGGCCCUGAGGAACAUUGUAGGGGUGAAGAGAAAUGAUAUUCAGAUUGUGAGCCUGCAGCCUUCCAAGCCUUCCUCCAACCUGGACGUACUGCUUUCUGUAGAAAAAGCUGGAAGCUCUUACCAUUCACACGAGGUACUUUUCAGAAAGCUUAACACCUCCGUGGCAGACAUUGAGGAGAUGACUGGUGUGCGAAUUCUCAAAGUCAUUAACAAGCUUUGCUCUGGGCUGGAUUGCCCUCUGAAAUUCUGUGAUGAAAUAAUCACUUUGGACAAGAAUGUCAUGUCAACCUAUAGCACUGCCAGGCUCAGUUUCGUUACCCCUCGACACCAAAGAAUUUCAGUUUGUCUCUGUAAAGGUGGAAAAUGUCCUACAGUGAGCAAGCUCUGUGAAGGUAAUCCAUGCCCCGAAGGUACAGAAUGUGUACCAGACAAGAAUGAAGGAAAAUACAGCUGUGUAUGUCCAAGUGGCAAGCAUGGAAAAUGCUUUGGUGGUCUUUCGUUGACAUUUAAUGGAAAUAGCUAUGUAAAGUACCGUCUUAUGGAAAACGAAAAUAAAGAAGAAAUGAAACUUUCUCUAAACUUAAGGACAUACUCUGCACAUGCAGUUGUAAUGUAUGCCAAAGGAACGGACUACAGUAUACUAGAGAUCAACAAUGGUAGAUUGCAGUACAAGUUUGACUGUGGCAGUGGUCCUGGAAUUGUGUCCGUGCACAGCAUUCUGGUCAAUGAUGGCGAGUGGCACUCUGUGUCUUUGGAGGUAGAUGGAAAUUAUGCAAAGCUGGUUCUGGACAGAGUCCACACUGCGUCUGGAACUGCUCCUGGUACACUUCGCACACUCAACCUUGACAAUAACAUCUUCUUUGGUGGCCAUGUCCGUCAGCUUGGCUCCAGGCAUGGCAGGAGCCCACAAGUCAACAAUGGACUCAAAGGGUGCAUGGAGUCAAUGGUCCUAAAUGGACAGGAGCUGCCUCUGAACAGUAAACCGAGGGCCUAUGCAGUUAUGGAAGAAGCAGUGGAGGUUUCACCAGGAUGUUCCCUGGUACCUGCAGAAGGCUGCUCCAGCAGUCCUUGUAACAAUGGUGGGCUCUGCUCUCUCCUUCCUAAUGGAGGUUAUUUCUGCAAAUGCAGUGCCUUGUUUAUAGGUACACAUUGUGAAAUAAGCAAGAGCCCAUGUGCUUCCAACCCUUGUCUCUAUGGUGGAACGUGCAUUCCUAUCAACAAUGACUUUGUUUGCCAGUGUAGAGGGCAGUACUCUGGUGAAAGGUGCCAGUUGGGUCCAUACUGUAAAGAUAAUCCUUGUAAAAACAGUGGCAAAUGCAUCGACAGCCUUGAUGGUCCAGUUUGUGAGUGUGAGCCAGGGUUUCAUGGAGAAAGGUGUCUCACUGAUAUUGAUGAAUGUAUUAAAAAUCCCUGUUCAUAUGGCGGCCUGUGCGAAAACACACAUGGGUCUUAUAAUUGUACCUGCAGCCAAGGAUAUGGUGGAAAGCUUUGUGAGGAUGUUUUGGUGAAAAAUGAUUAUGUUUCAACAUCUUGGAAUAUUGGUUUGGAAGAAGUUAUUGGCAUCAUAGUGUUUGUGGCUGGUAUAUUCCUGCUGGUUUUGCUGUUUGUGGUCUUCCGCAAGAGGGUGUGCAGACAAAGGAAGUCUAAGCCAAAGGAAGAAGACAAACACUGUGGAGCAACCACCUCCUUCUUACACAGGCCAUAUUUUGAUUCAAAAAUUAGCAAGAAUGUCUAUUCAGAUGUUCCUCCCCAGGUGCCGGUGCGCCCAAUCUCAUACACUCCUAGCAUUCCCAGUGACUCCAGAAACAAUUUGGACAGAAAUUCCUUUGAAGGUUCUGCUAUCCCUGAGCAUCCAGAGUUCAGUACCUUCAAUCCUGACUCCAUGCAUGGGCACAGGAAAGCAGUGGCUGUUUGCAGCGUGGCUCCAAACCUCCCUCCUCCUCCCCCCUCCAACUCGCCAUCUGACAGUGAUUCCAUCCGGAAACCAAGCUGGGACUACGACUAUGAAACGAAAGUAGUUGAUCUUGGUCCGUGCUUGUCAAAGAAGCCUAUUGAAAAAAGUGCUUGUCAUCCAUAUAACACAUGUGGAAGCAUGUCUGAAGUUCAGUCCCUCAGUUCUUUUCAGUCAGAAUCAUGUGACGAUAAUGAGUCUUUUGCGGCUCAUGACCUCAGGAAUCCAAGAGGGUAUCACUGGGACACCUCUGAUUGGAUGCCUAGUGUUCAGCUUCCUGGUAUCCAAGAAUUCCCCCAGUUUGAAAUUGUUGAAGCACCAGUCCAGCUGUACACAGAUCCCAAUGCCAUUGAUACCGACUACUACCCUGGAGGCUAUGACAUAGAAAGUGACUUCCCUCCACCGCCAGAUGACUUCCCUGUCCACGAGGAGCUGCCACCAUUGCCAGAGUAUAAUGAUCAGUUUGAAUCUAUACAACAUCCUCGGGACAGGCCCACAGCUGGAAGUUUAGGUUCAUCCACUCAUAGCAGGCAGCGCUAUAACCAGUACCUGCCACAUCACUACAAUUCUGAUUUGUCAGAACCACAGAGCACAGCCAUUGGAACAAGCGGUUACAGGGGAGCCUACCCGCCGUACAGUUUGGGGUACAGUGGGGACUUUGAGGCUGCCAAUGUGGACAACAUGUCUAUGUCUUUGUACACAUCCACAGCCUCCUGCUCUGACGUCUCUGCGUGCUGUGAGGAAUCUGAAGUCAUGAUGAGUGACUAUGAAAGUGGGGAAGAAGGCCACUUUGACAAUGUGACCAUUCCUCCACUGGAUCCCCAGCAGCACACUGAAGUCUGACACUGUAUUAAAAGUAAAGUGCCUGGACCCUUUAAACAAAAAACAAACAAAACUAAAAACUAAAAAUUGUUAUAUAAUUGUCAAGGUCUGUGCUUUCUUCCUUUGCAAAGAAUGCUUUCAAGAUGUUUUCAGUAAUCCUAAUUCUAGCAUGGCUGCACUGGAAUAAGCUUAUUUACUUCACAAGUCCUAUCUCUUGCAGUACUGUACAGUUUAUGGCAUCAUGCACAACCUUUGAAGGAAUUAGAAACACAUGUACAAUUGUGAAAACAUACAUUUCAAAGUGAUAAGUCUAUUUUUGUUUUUUAAUUAAAAAAAUUCCACUUCAUUCAUUUUUAUGUAAAUUUUAAUGUACAGUUCUGAUUUAAAGUUUUAAGUAGGUUUUGUAGAUAUUUUAUGUUUUGUUAUUUUUUUCCAAAACAGAUUUUAGUGGUGUUUAAGUGUGACAUUAUAUCCGCACCCAGAAACAAAUAGUGGAUGGGAUUUCACUGUAUCUUUGUAUGACUGAAUUUAUUCAUGAGCAUUUCAACAAAUGUACCAAAUGCAAACUGUGUAAACGUGAGUAACAUUUUGCUACUUUUUGGUUGUGAGAUUAAGACAUGUCUUAAAUGAGGGACUGCAUUUUUGUAAACUGUAACUGUAUACUUUUUUUGUUUCUUCAGAAACAUGGCACCCAAUACAUUUGACCCCCCGCCGUGUCUGUAUAUGUCUGAGAUACAAUGGUCUUGUAAAGGUUUUUAUUGGAUACUACCAUUAGCUCACUCUUUCCUACUGGCAAUAAAUUAUUAAUAAAACAG